AUGGUCCUGCAGUUUGAGUGCUCUGACUUCCGAACGUUGGCGAUCAUGGCGAUGUUGACCCUGCUUAGCUGCGGUUUCCUGGCACGCGCACUGGGGCACGGCCUGCUGACGAUUCCACACUCCAAGAACAACGGAUUCCCAGGAAGCUUUGCCUUGGACCGUCAAUCCUACUACACCACAGCUUCCUGGUGGUUGGACCGUGCCUUCUUUGUCUUGCCCACGGUGACACCCUGGAUGCGCCCGGGGCAUUUCAACUAUGUGGACGCUCAGAACCUCUACAAAGACUUUCCCCAGACGUUCCACCCCUGCGGCUGUUAUAACCCACAUGGUGCCGAGUUCUGUGCAGGUGUCCAGCUGGCCGAGGGCUUUGGGGAAACCACCAUGGGCGGUGCAGAGCCCACGGGGCCAACGAUCAAGCCACCAAAGUGGUUCCUGGGUACGGAACAGGAGACUGCCUUCAAUCUGUAUGCCAACCAUGGCGGAGGCUAUAUCUACAUGCUGUGCAAGCGUGACACCUUCCUUCAAUGUCGCCAGGAUCAUUUGGCAGAUCCUAUCCGAGGCUCGAGCCAGGAGCAGGUUGAUGCCUAUCUGAAAUGCAUUUGGGACUGCUUCGAAGCCAACGUUCUGGAAUUUGCAGACACUCAGUGGAUGGACUAUCAAGCGCAGAGGGACCUCAACGUGACGAUGAAGAUCACCAGCAAGAGUGGCUCAGACACAGAGCCGGAAGGCACUACCUGGCGGUGGAUCCCCAUCCCUGACACCACGCAGAUCUCUGGAGGUGGCGAAGGCUUGUGCUCCUGGGACGCCGUUGAGGCCUUCAGCGACGCUCAGGUGGAGCAGCUCUUUGCGGAGGACUUCGGUCCAAAGUCCGUCUGUGAUGCCGGGCCCAAGAACCACAACCCCAACAACUGGGAGGUCCAUGACAAGGUACGGGUGCCCAACAACCUUCCCCCAGGUGCCCACGAGGUCAUUGCCACCGCGUGCUGCUUCUGUGGCGGCGGCAAGUCUGCGGUGACUGUUGCACGGCAAGUCUCCGUGCGGAGGCAGCUGUUCUAUGGCAGCCCGAAAUCUGAUGUGAAGUCACUAUUCAUGGAACAAGAAGGAAGCUAUGCCUUGGAUCGUCAAGCCUACUACACCACAGCUUCCUGGUGGCUGGACCGUGCCUUCUUUGGCUCCCCCACGGUGACACCCUGGAUGCGCCCGGGGCAUUUCAACUACGUCGACGCUCAGAACCUCUACGAGGACCGAGCCCAGACCUUCCACCCCUGCGGCUGCUACAACCCACAUGGCGUCGAAUUCUGUGCAGGUGUCCAGCUGGCCGAGGGCUUUGGGGAAACCACCAUGGGCGGUGCAGAGCCCAGCGGUCCGAAAGUCACGCCACCGCAGUGGCUCGUGGGGACGGAACAGGAGACGGCCUUCAACCUGUAUGCCAACCAUGGCGGAGGCUAUGUCUACAUGCUGUGCAAGCGCGACAGCUUCCUUCAAUGUCGCCAGGAUCAUUUGGCAGAUCCCAUCCGAGGCUCGAGCCAGGAGCAGGUUGAUGCCUAUCUGAAAUGCAUUUGGGACUGCUUCGAAGCCAACGUUCUGGACUUUGCGGACACUCAGUGGCUGGAGUAUCAAGCGCAGAGGGACCUGAAUGUGACGAUGAAGAUCACCAGCAAGAGUGGCGACACAGAGCCGGCAGGCUCCACCUGGCGGUGGAUCCCCAUCCCCGACACGGCGCAGAUCUCGGGAGGUGGCGAAGGCUUGUGCUCCUGGGACGCCGUGCAAAGCUUCGGCGACGCUCAGGUGGAGCAGCUCUUUGCGGAGGACUUCGGUCCAAAGUCUGUCUGCGACGCGGGGCCCAAGGUGCACAACCCCAACAACUGGGAGGUCCAUGACAAGGUGCUGGUGCCCAACAACCUUCCCCCAGGUGAGUAUCUCCUCAGUUGGCGUUGGGAUUGUUACAUGGCAGAUCAGAUUUGGUCCAACUGCGCGGACGUGGAGAUCGUGGACCCUAAUGCCCCCACCACUACCACGAGCACCACAACAACGAGCAGUCGCACAGGCGGCACCACCACUGGCGGUGGAACUGGAUGUGUCGAUGAGCCGCUGCCCGCCCAGUGGAGCCAACAAGGACGUUUUGACUGUACGUAUUUUGAAGAGAGAGGUGCUGCCUACAGCCAGCCCAAAGCCUAUUGUGCCCACAAUGCCAUCAGCACCGCGUGCUGCUUCUGUGGUGGCGGCGUUUCUGCCGUGCAGACCGCUGUGCAGACCGUGCGGAAGCCGCGAAAGCGCUCGCUGAGGGCCUCAUUGGCGCUCAUCCAGAGUACGAAGAACGUCACUCGUUUAAACUCCGAGCUAUGA